AUUCACGCUGAGCUGAUCUUAAACUUUUUUUUACACCGAUCAUUCAAGUUCUUAUCCGAUAUUCUGUAACUGAAUAAGUUUUUACAUUUUUCUACUGUUGAUCAUUUACAUACUCACAUCUAAAGAAUAAGGUUUUAAGCUAUAUAAAACUUAAACCGAUCUCAUAAUUAACCUCCUUACAUCUAUUUUCUAACAGCUUACUUUUAGUGUAUAUUCAAAUGAUUUUCUUUCAAACAUGCAUGCUUAACGUGUCAAAAUCAAUUCCAAAACAAAAAUAAAGAUUUCAUUUCCUUAAAAAUAUGUGGCCGCAAGCAAGCGAAUCAAGUAACUACUAUCUAAAAACGGAAUAUAUAACGGGAUUAGUUGAAAGAUAUUUUGGUUUGGUUUGGUUGGUUGGUUGGGAUAAUUUUCACCACAGUUGGUUGAUAAGCAUUUAGUUUGAGUACUCUAUUUAAUUCUAUUCCGUUUAUUUUGGUUUGAUAAACAUUCAGCUCAGAACUUAGUUCAAAACCCAGUCAAAUUUGUGGUAGAUUUUGGUGUUCAGAAACCCAAAAUAUCAUCUCCAUUUAUUAUUUGCCAACCUCAUAAUGCCAAUGGUGGACCAAAAGAAAAACAUGCAUUUAUUUAUUCGUUUGAAAAAAAAAAAGAGAGAAACAAAUGCGUUUAACUUGUCAAAUAAUUGAACCGAAAAAAAUCUAUAAAAAAGUUGAAAACGUGAACAGUAUAAAGUAAAAAUAAUAAUAAAAAGAUGUGUACAUGAUGAAAGACCUCUCCAAUGUUCAUUUGCCUCAAGUUUCUUCUAACUCCAAGAUUGGAAACUGCUACAUCUCUCUCUAACAGACAACAGUUUAGUCUGUGUCCGUACCGUUUUACUUACUGUCUUUGUCUAUCGCCACUCUCGUCUCUUUUUCUUUGCUUCUAUUGUCUCCCUCUCUCUCUCUCUCUUGUUUGCUUUCUUCCCCUUUCGUCCUUUCUUUAAACCAAGACAGUUAGGUUUGAGAGAGAGAGAGAGAAUGAUAAGCAAGUACUCUCUUUCUGUCUGAAUAAAAGGAAACAAAUAUGAAUAUGGGUUCCAACUCGGGUCAGGGUCUUGGUCCGGGUCAGGCAGAGUCCGGUGGUUCAUCGAAUGAGUCAUCCUCUUUCAGCGGAGGGCUCAUGUUUGGGCAGAGGAUCUACUUCGAGGACGGUGGAGGUGGGUCUUCUUCCUCCGGCGGGUCAAACAGAAGGGUUCGUGGAGGCGGGUCGGGUCAAUCAAGCCAGAUACCAAGGUGCCAAGUGGAAGGUUGUGGAGUGGAUCUAACCAAUGCAAAGGGUUACUACUUGAGGCACAGAGUUUGUGGAAUGCACUCUAAAACACCUAGAGUCAUUGUUGCUGGUAUCGAACAGAGGUUUUGUCAACAGUGCAGCAGGUUUCAUCAGCUUCAAGAAUUUGACCUAGAGAAAAGGAGUUGCCGUAGGAGACUCGCUGGUCAUAAUGAGCGACGGAGGAAGCCACAGCCUGCGUCUCUCUCGGUGUUGUCUUCUCGUUAUGGGAGGAUAGCACCUUCCCUUUACGGAAAUGCUGAAACUACAAUGAAUGGGAGCUUUCUUGGUUCCCAAGAUAUGAGUUGGACGAGUUCAAGAACGUUGGAUACAAGAGUAAUGAGACGGCCAGUGGCAACACCAUCAUGGCAGAUCAAUCCAAUGGAUGUGUUUAGUCAAGGAUCAGUAAGUGGAGGAGGAGGGAUAAGCUUCUCAUCUCCAGAGAUUAUGGACACUAAACCAGAGAGCUACAAGGGUAUUGGCGGUGACUCAAACUGUGCUCUCUCUCUUCUGUCAAAUCCACAUCAGCCAGCAGACAACAACAACACAUGGAGAACUUCUUCAGGUUUUGGUCCUAUGACGGUUACAAUGGCUCAGCCACCACCUGCACCUAGCCAGCAUCAGUAUCUGAACCCGCCUUGGGUGUUCAAGGACGAUGAUAAUAACUGUCCGAAUGAUAUGUCUCCUGUUUUGAACUUGGCCCGGUUCACUGAGACAGAUACGACAAUGGGUGAGUUCGAGUUAUCUGAUCAUCAUCAUCCUCAACAUCAAAAUAGGAGGCAGUACAUGGAAGAUGAGAACACAAGGGCUUAUGACUCUUCUUCACACCAUAACAACUGGUCUCUCUGAGUCUCUUUGCCUCAAAAAGUAGACUACUCUUUGCAAUAUCUUAUCUUUUUCUUUCUUUCUGUUAUUUGCUAUUAAUAAACCAGACAAUGGCUUUUGUUUUUAUUCUUCUUAUUGUUGUUCUCUCUUCAACUUAAGAGAUAAUUUUGAGCAUUAUGAUCAUCAAUAUCACAUAAAUGUUUCAUAUAUUGAUCUA